CCUCUCCUCCAUUGUCCACAUCAUGGCAACCAUCGGGGAAUUCGAUCCACUCAACACGAGAGUCCCCGCAACUAAAAUAGAAGUUACCGUCUCGUGCCGGAGUCUUCUGGAUGUGGAUACAUUCUCUAAAUCUGAUCCUGUGGUGGUUCUGUAUUUGCAGGCUAUAGGAACCAAAGAGUGGAGAGAGACUGGCCGGACUGAGGUGAUUGAUAAUACCAGGAAUCCUGAUUUUGUCAGGAAGUUUGUCUUGGAUUUCUUCUUUGAAGAAAAACAAAAUCUAAGGUUUGAUGUGUAUAAUGUGGACUCCAGAAGCUGUAACAUUUCCAAACACGAUUUUUUGGGCCAGACGUUUUGCACCCUUGGAGAAAUCAUUGGCUCCACAGGAGGACGGCUGGAGCGAACGCUCUCUGGGAUUCCAGGAAAGAAAUGUGGUGUCAUUAUCUUAACAGCUGAGGAGCUCAGCAACUGCAGGGAUAUUGCUACCAUGCAGUUGUGUGCCAACAAGCUGGAUAAGAAAGACUUUUUUGGCAAGUCAGACCCCUUCUUGGUUUUCUAUCGCAGCAACGAAGAUGGAACAUUCACCAUCUGCCAUAAAACAGAAGUGAUCAAGAACACACUAAACCCUGUGUGGCAGCCCUUCACCAUCCCUGUUAGAGCUCUCUGCAACGGUGACUAUGACAGGACUGUAAAAAUAGAUGUCUAUGACUGGGAUCGAGAUGGAAGCCAUGACUUUAUAGGCGAGUUCACCACAAGCUACAGAGAGCUCUCUCGGGGACAGAACCAGUUCAACGUCUAUGAGGUUUUAAAUCCAAAGAAAAAGGGCAAAAAGAAGAAGUACAUCAAUUCAGGAACUGUAACUCUGCUGUCCUUCAAAGUGGAGUCUGAGUACACCUUUGUGGAUUUCAUCCGAGGAGGGACACAGCUGAACUUCACUGUUGCCAUAGACUUUACAGCAUCAAAUGGUAAUCCAUCUCAACCCACCUCGCUCCACUAUAUGAGCCCCUACCAGAUGAACGCAUAUGCCAUGGCCCUGAAAGCAGUGGGUGAGAUCAUCCAGGACUAUGACAGUGACAAGCUCUUUCCUGCCUAUGGCUUUGGAGCUAAAAUGCCCCCUGAUGGCAAAAUCUCUCACGCGUUCCCACUGGGUGGCAACAGUGAUAAUCCAAACUGUGUAGGCAUCGACGGGGUUAUGGAGGCCUACUUCCAGUGCCUAAGAACAGUGCAGCUGUAUGGCCCGACCAACUUUGCACCCGUUAUCAACAAAGUGGCGAACUGUGCAUCAGAGAUAACAGAUGGCUCUCAGUACUUUGUCCUGUUGAUGAUCACAGAUGGAGUCAUAUCUGACAUGGUCCAAACCAAAGAGGCCGUGGUCAAUGCUGCAUCACUCCCGCUGUCUAUAAUCAUCGUUGGUGUAGGGCCUGCUGAGUUUGAUGCAAUGGAAGAGUUGGAUGGAGAUGAAGUGAGAGUAUCCUCUCGAGGGCGCCUCGCCGAGAGAGACAUUGUACAGUUCGUUCCAUUCCGAGACUACGUAGACAGGUCUGGGAAUCAAGUCCUCAGUAUGGCACGUCUGGCUAAGGAUGUCCUCGCUGAGAUCCCAGACCAGCUGCUGUCCUUCAUGAAGAGUCGAGGAAUUGAACCUCGCCCGGCUAUCUCUUCCUCACCACUUCCAUAACUGAAGAGAUCGCACUCAGAACCUCACCAACAAAACUAUUUCAUCUAGUGUUUACUGCCAGCACUGAAAUCGCUUUGGCUCCCAAAGUGAACAGAAGCUCUUCUUUCUAAAUGUCACAAAACACUGAAACCAAGCCCACUUUCCACUUGAAAAUAUGUAUUUCAAAGCUUAAAAUCAAAAUUGGUGCUUCGCAGAGGUUUCUAAUCACAAUUCCGAUUACAGAAAUACUGUAAAAGCAAUGACAUGGCAACGUUGUCUUGGCAUUGCCUCAAAUCACCUAAGUCUCCUUUGCUAUGAUACAGUAUGCUGAACUAUGUAUAUUUACUCGUGCUCCAGUCCUCAUUAAUUUCUUUCUUUGAUCCGUUGAUUUUUCUUUUUUUUUUUUUUUUGUUUUUUUUUUUGUUAAAUUGCGACUUCUAAAUUUGGAAUAUUAUUUCAGAUGAAGCAAAUGGAAAUUUUAACCUCUUACCAGGCAUAGGCAAAAAUCCAGCUGCAUUUUACCAAUGAACACUUUACACUCAGUUGCAGUGUAUUUUUGCCACACCCACUCAUCUUUACACAGUGUGAAGUGAUGCUGGGCGCAGAUUUGCCCUCCUGCUGUUCGAGAAAUGCCAGUCUCCCUCCCCGGCUAUCCUGCAGAGAGGAGGAAGAAGAGGAGGGGGCAGGGAAGAACUGAAAAGUGUGGCAGGUGCAACUGAGCGAGGAAGGAAGUGUGGCGCAAAGUGAGGUGAACAAAAAGAAGCUGAAUGGUCAUGUACUGUAAUGAGAGAACUCCCCCCUACCUGAUGGACAAAUGCACAAUCUUUGAAAAGCAAUAGACAACGCUGAGUGUAAUGCGCUUCCUAUGCAUGCCCGGCCACCACUACUGUUUAGCCACCCCGCGAUGACUUGACUGGGUGUCAGAAAUUGAGCUGUGAAGAAAGGUCGCCCUCUUGUGACCAUUAUUUGUAUAAACAAGUAUCGCUGUUAUGCAUGAAACCACGAGAAUAAUCAUACAAGUACUUAUAAGAGUAGUUUAAGAAUUGACUUAUCAAUAGAGUGUUAUUUAUCCAUACGGUGUCUUUUUUAAAAUAUAUUUUUUUCAAAGUGAAGAUGGUGGCUUAACAGGAUUCUGUAAACACUUGUGCGAGUAUUUUGUAUGUGAAUCAGUUUUAUCAUCUUGUAUUAUGAUUAUAUUAUAAUAUGAUGUUGUCCUUGAGUCCCCUGCAUGUUGGGGAUCACAUGUCCAAGUGUUCAAAAUAGUCUUACCACUGAAACUCCAUAGCAUAGUGAAAUACACUAAGCAGCCAUAACUGAUAAUAAUGCCCAAUUUUAUUUAUGUUUGUGGUUGUUGUGAAUUGUCUUGAAGAGGCCAAGAAAACCUGUCAUUCAGAUAAGACACUAUAUACUGUAUAUUGUCAUAUAUUAAAAGCUUUGCAAGACACUCACUAAUGAUAGUUGUGAAAGCCUGCAGUCUGUCUUAACAAUAGAUUUCUUUGUCCCUCAUCAAUGAAUUAUGCAUGUCUAGAAUGGUCUAUUCACAGACCACAGAUUACCUGUACAGAAUAAAGCGUUCUAAUUUGUUAUGCUUGAAAUAAAUUUGAUAUUACACUUGGCGCUUAGUA